CUUAAACUCUACCAAUCCGAAAACGAAAAACAAUAAACUUUGCAAGUUUUAAAACUAAAUUUUCUCUUCCGUUUGAGAAAUGGCGAGAAGUAAAGAUGCGACUUCUUUCGGUUCUUUGGAAGAAGCUCGCAAAGUGUUCAACAAAUUCGACAAGAACGGCGACGGAAAGAUAUCCGCCGAUGAACUAAAGGACAUCAUCAGCGCGCUCAGCUCCAAGACUUCGCCAGAGGAGGUGGAACGUGUAAUGCAAGAGAUUGAUAAAGAUGGUGAUGGCUACAUUGACUUUGACGAGUUCGUUGAGUUUCAUAUGGGCGGCGCAUCGUCCAGCGGUGACGGUUCGAAGGAGUUGAAGGACGCUUUUGAUCUAUUUGAUGUUGACAAGAACGGAUUGAUAUCAGUACAGGAGUUACAUUCGGUGUUGAGGAAACUUGGAGAGAAGUGUUCGCUGAAUGAUUGCAAUAAGAUGAUCAAACAGGUCGAUGCCGACGGUGAUGGCCAUGUCAACUUUGAGGAGUUUAAGAAGAUGAUGACUCGCGCCUAAUAGCCAAAAGGAAAUGUGGACAUAAAUGCAAACGAUGAUGUCAACGCGGUAUUUGUUUGCUUGGCUCUAAUAAUUUCUAAUCUUGACCUUGAAUCUCAUCUCUUUAUUAUUCCUAAUUUAAAAUAUUAAAUAAUUCAAUUAGUUAAAUUGCUUCUUGAGCAGUGUUAUCUCUUUUGGUAUAUAAAUUUUUACAUAUAUAGGUGCAUUUUCAUGUUAUUAAAUUUUAUUUUAUUAUUAAUUUAAAAUCAUCUAAUCAUCUUAUGAUAUAUUCAUGUGUAUAUAUAUUUAUAUAUAAAAAAUAUAUACACAUAAUUUGUUAUUGAUUCUUUAAUGCAAACAUCUCCUAUUGGAGCAGUUAGAAAUAAAUUUUAAUAUUUAACUUUAAUUUGCAUUGCUUGGUUCUCUGUCAUCUUUCCUGGUCUUCUAUGGUGCACAAUUCUUAAUUGAUGGAGAAGAUUUCUUGAGCUUCUAGAUACAAGCUAAGUUGUCAACAACAAUCUCAAAUGUUCUAAUUGUUUCAGUGGUUGGAAUUGAUGUCGUA